UAAGCUUAUUUUUGUUCAGAAUAAGGAACGCAGGUAAUCGCGUGUCAUACAAAACAGACUUGUUCUUGUAACGUGUCGUCUAAACUGAAUGAGGAAAACUAUAAAAACAUUUCGUUUCACUGCGUGACCAUGCUCAUCUGGGAGCGCACCGCGCAUAACACGAGCGCACACACACACCCGCACACUGCACACAAAGAAGUCAUUUGUGACUGACGCACCCUCUGAAAAUAAUAACCCAUGCAAAUAGGAGUAGCCUAAAGCCUACCGCGGUGUGCAUAUGGCAUCAGUGCGCGUAAGCACGCCGCGCCGGUCGGUAGGAGUGUUAAGGUGACGGUGUAUUGGAGGCCAAGUGUUUUUGUAAACCCGCUCCUUCGAUGAGCGACAAACGAGAGAAGGGCCUGGUACGCAGUGCGCCCAUCGGACUAUGCCUUCCCCAACUUGGGAGGGAAGCAAAGGGGAGACCGGACAGGCAGAGGACGGAGCAGCGGAGAGAGGGACAGGCGGCCGUCUCGUGUGCGCUCUGGAGAUGGAGAUGACAAACCGCAGCCUGCAGGGCGACUCCAAAGUGGAUUAUAGAAAUUGCGAUGGCUUGAUCAAUCGAAACGGCGGGGACUCGGCAGAAGUAUCCGUGCCGCUGUCACUUCCCGGGAAGCGGACUGCUCAAAUGGAGGGAGACGACAUCUACAGACUGCGAGGCAGAAAUGUUUUACUAGAGGAUAAAAAGCGCCUUUGCGCGUUGGCUUUGGGCACCGCUCUGCUCGGGAUACUGCUCAUGAUAAUCCACGCCGAGAUAUGUCCCUUCGUUUAUAAACCGGGCUCAAACAUUGGCUUAAUCAUCAACUGUUCCAUCAGCCUGUCCACUGGGUGUCUCCUGGUCCUCAUUAUAGCUUUCCAUUAUAAGGACAUCAGGCUGUUCGUCAUUGACCACAACCAGGUGGACUGGCGUAUUGCCAUGACCAGCCACAGGGUUCUUGUGAUCACUCUGGAACUGUUAGUCUGUGUCAUCCAUCCUGUUGGCACUUACUGGGAGGUGGGCCUCCAUGUCAACUCCUCUUCCUCAGCUCCGCUCUGUUUUUCCAGCCACGAAAACAGGGCCCUGAUGGACAUGGAGCUGCUGUUGUCAGUGCUGAUGUUCCUCCGCUUGUACUUGGUGCACAGAGCCAUCCUGCUGCACAGCAAAGUGCUGCUGAGCGCCUCCUACAGGAGCAUCGGCUCGCUCAACAACAUCAACUUCACCUUCCGCUUUGUUCUCAAGGUACUGAUGAACAAAUAUCCGGCGCGCACGCUGCUGGUCUUCAUCCUCUUCUUCUGGGUCACUGCAUCCUGGAUGCUUACUCUGUGUGAGAGGAAGACCCACGAAUCGACAAGCCAUAUGGACACGGCUCUGUGGCUCAUAGCCAUCACCUUCCUCACAGUGGGCUAUGGGGAUGUGGCACCCAACACCAGCUGUGGCAGGGCGGUGUGUCUCUUCAGUGGAGUCAUGGGUGUAGCCUGCACUGCCAUGCUGGUGGCAGUCGUUGCCAAGAUGCUGGCGUUGAACAAAGGAGAGAAACAUGUGCACUUCUUCAUGCUGGACAUCCAGAUCUCUAAAAGGAUCCGCCACGCUGCUGCUAAUGUGCUAAGGGAAUGCUGGCUUCUGCACCGCACAAACCUGACAAAGGGCAACCGCGGUGAGCAGCGAAGACACCAGAGAUGCCUUCUGGAAGCCAUCGGAGUAUUUCGGCAUUUACGCCUCAAACAAAGAAAACUGAGAGAUUACGUCAGUGAGAUGGUGGACCUCCCUAAGAUGCAGAUGAUCAUGUGUGACCUCAGUGCCAAUUGGAAUAACUCCUAUCGUGAGCUGGAGCAGCGUAUCGUCUCCAUGGAGCAGAAGCUGGACGAGCUGAGUCGCUGCUUCCAACAAACCUCUGAGCUGCUGUCUCAGGUCCUACGUCACCGAAACCCAGAGAUCAGGUGACAUGGCUACAUUCACUUGGUCUUCAGUGCUUUCAUCUACAGUAUCCGUGAAAGUGAGAUGGUAAAUCCUCUCCACCCAGAGCUGCUCCAGACUCUUAACAUGCUGAACCACUUGGAGGACUGGCAUACCUACUAAAGAUCUCAUCUUCUGGCCCUGUGCUGAGCACACUGCACAAUGACUCAUAGCUGUAAAAUGAUACAGAUAAAAUAAGACUUCCAUUCACUGUGGGAGAAUCACAGUGCAUUUUGAGAAAUCUGUUUUCAACAGUUAUAUUUGUGACGGUGCACAAAAGCCUGAAUUAAUCUCAAACAAGGACUGAGGAGAUCCUUGUAAUCCAGUCAAAAGCUCCAGGGCUUGCUCUCUUAACUACUAUUUGUAAGGUUUCAUUGAUGGACUCUGUCACUGCCUUAUUCCUGUGGAAUAAGAUGCAUAUUUUUUUCAUGUUAAUUUUAUUUUCAAUUUCUUGCAAUAUUUUAAUGUAAGCCUAAUCCGUUUUAUAAAAACCUCUCACAAUUCCUCUUUUUCAUUAGCAGACAGUUUAAUGGUUACCAAGUUGAUAUUUGUUUGCAAACAGGCUUAUUGAAUAUAAUACAGUUUGUAAUAACUCCUCAUUGUUCUUCCUCUAACCCACCGAGUGAAUUGUGAAUGAAAUUAUGCGUUUUCAUGCUCAACCAAGAGAAGAAACUAAACUUCAAUUCAUAUUCGUGGGAAGAAACCUUUAUUUCAAAGUGUAAGUCCUUGGGAUUUUAAGGGAUGUCAACUGAAACUCAUAGAUUAAUGUCUACAUUUAAGGUUGUAAUCAUCUGAUGAAGGAAAAUCAUCUAACAGUUUACACCUGUUCUGAGAACAAUGAAACUUGAGUCUAAAUUGCCUUGUAAACUCAACGUUUAGCAACCCAACAGCUCCAUCUAGUGGACAUGAAUUGUGUAAACGACAUAAUAUUGAGGACCUUAACAUCAUAAAGAUUAUAUAACAACCAUAAAAAAGUCAUAUGCUAUUUUCAACCUGAAUACCAAGACCUCUACAAUGUCUCACAGGCACACAACAUUUGAAUCAGCUGUAGUGAAAACAAAUCAGAAAACAAAAGGACUCAGAAAACUCCCAUACAAACCUCACUGUUAAGAAUGCACUUUGUGAGAAAAAAAUAGCAAAACUGGACUAACUCUUUCUCUGGAGGAUAAACUGGAGUUUUCAUGUGUUUUGACUUAAUCCAAUACUGAAAAAUGUUCCUUGUGGGUUAAUUUGUACUCGUAUAUCGGUGUGUCGUCAAAAGAACUUAUGAGGAACUUGUUCCAACGCUGUUUACUAUGUAUCAUUUGCACAUGGUGAAAACAUGUUGACAACCAUCCAGUACAUGCUUAUCAUUAAAAGCCAUUAAGAAUGAA